AGAUCGCAUACCUUGAACAGCCCAGCAAUUUCCGAAUAUACAGGACGACUGCAGACAUGGUUCUCGCCAACUUCUUCGGCGCCCGCGGCAACAACGGCGAUAGUGGCUCAACGGAUAAGAUUUUGAAGCUGUCACUUGCCCCAGAGAAACAGAGCACGGCACCACUUAUCCAGAUCUACCCUUCCACAGGAGAGGGUGACUUGGAGGGCGUCAUCAUCAAAGUCCAACCCCCGAGGGAGCCCGAAGACCAAAACCUCCACCAUGUCCCUUGCGACCUGGUCCUCUCCAUCGACGUCUCGGGCAGCAUGGAGACCGCUGCGCCUGCGCCAUCAAAACCCGGUGAGCAAGACGAGGAGGAUGCCGGCCUGUCGGUGCUCGACCUCGUUAAGCACGCGGCUCGGACCAUACUUGAAACGUUGGAUUCAAACGAUCGCCUAGGCAUUGUCACUUUUUCACGACAGAGUCAGGUCCUCCAACCUCUCAUACACGUGACAGCUGAAAACAAAGCCGAGACCAUCAAGAAGAUCGAGGGCAUGCAGCCACUGAACAUCACUAACCUUUGGCACGGAAUUCGCGAUGGUCUCAAUUUAUUCAAGGAGGGCGAUGAUGCUGGCUCAACCGGCAGGGUGCCCGCCCUGCUCGUCUUGACUGACGGCCUGCCAAAUCACAUGUGCCCUGCCCAAGGGUACGUGCGGAAGCUGCGGUCCAUGGAGCCGCUACCCUCUACCAUUCACACAUUCGGCUUCGGCUACAGCCUCGAGUCGGGGUUGUUGAAGUCGAUUGCUGAAGUGGGUGGGGGCAACUACUCGUUCAUUCCCGACGCUGGCAUGAUUGGCACCGUGUUCGUUCACGCCGUCGCAAACCUGCAGUCAACGUUCGCAAACAACGCCAAGCUGCGCCUGACAUACCCAAGCUAUCUGAAACUCGAGGAGACGACUGGCGAGGCUAUUGACAAGCAAGAGCCUGUUGAGCUGGAGGGCGAUGUACCCGAGCCACUGACCUCGCUCACAAUCCUCUUGAACAACCUCCAAUAUGGUCAAUCACGGGAUAUCUACCUUCGUUACGGCAGUCCUAUUAAACCCAUCAUCGCGGAAACCGAGGACAUCCCACCCCCCUCUGUCACCGCCGUCCUCGAGUACCAACACUUCACGCCCACCGUCCACCGCGUGACCGCCCACCGAAACCCCCUCGUCUCCCUCUCGCCUUCCCUCGACCCGGCAGAAACAGCCUACCACAUCUCCCGCGCCCACCUAAUCGCCUUUCUCUCGACCUUCUACCCGCUCAACUCAACCCUGCAGCACGAACCCCUGGAACAACUCCCCUCCGAUCUGCCCCAACGCCUUCAAUCUCUCGCCGCCACCUUGCCCGCCACCAAGUAUCGGACCACCCACCCAGGUUGCCGCUCCCUCCUAACCGACCUCGUCGGGAACAACACUACCAACGGCGAAUCACCCACUCCACACCCAGCCAUCGUCUUAUCCGACCCGUCGACCUGGACAGGCCAGAUCGCCCUCGCCCUGCUCAAGGAGUCCUACUACCACCGCUGGGGCGCGCACUACCUGCCCUCGCUGGCGGGCGCCCACGCGCGGCAAGUGUGCAACUCGUUCAAGGACGCCGGCUCGCUGCAGUACGGCGCCCACAGCCCGCUGUUCGUGGCGUGCCGAGACCGGCUGGAUGCCGCCUUCGAUGCGCUCCCCGCGCCGGAGCCGAGUUUGGCGAGGGGUGGUGGGGGCACUAAUGGAGGAGGGGUAGUGUCGAUGAGCAGGUACAAUAAUGUGGGCAAUGGGUGUUUCGCCGGGUGUAUGCAGGUGCUGUUGGCUGGUGGGAAGGGAAGGAAGGUCAGGGUGGGAAGGUUGAGGAGGGGGAUGGUGGUGGAGACGCCUAGGGGAGGGAGGAGGGUGGUGGCUGUGUUGAAGAUUCCCGUCAGGAGGGCAGAGAUGUGUUUGGUUGCUGCGGCUGGGGAUUGCAAGGGAGGUGGACUGUUGGUCACGAAGUGGCAUCCUAUCUCACUGCGGCGGGGAGGGCCGUGGGUGUUCCCGAAGGAUGUGGCCUUACAUUCGGCUUGGUAUACCGGGUCUGUGUACUCGGUUUUGCUGGAGAAGGAUGACGACCCUGACGCCCAUGCUAUCUUCGUUGGAGGCAUGUGGGGUGUCACGAUGGGUCACGGGUUGACGCGGGGAGUCCAUCGCGGUGAGGGUGAUGUGAGGGCGCACCAGUUCUAUGGAGACCGGGAGAAGGUCAAGAGAGCAUUGUCGAGAUUGCCAAGGAAUCCCGGGGGAUUGGUACUGGGAGGAGGAUUAACCAGAGAUCCUGAAACUGGCCUGGUCAACGGGUUUGGAGGCAUGGAUAUCGGAGAGGCGAGGACUUUGGUAAUGGCGCACAGGAAAGGAGUGAUUUAGGUUACUAACUUGUCUACUUACAGCAUAGCUGGAACUGUCCUCGGGAUUAGAUUGGAGCCAGACUCGUGGGCCAGUCGCAAUCACAAGGCAGGCCCCUCAGGCUGGAUAAUCACCACACGGUCCUACUAGGUAGCUUAGUUUUUGAUUCCGGUAGGUAACAUCUCAGGGUAGAUUCUGAAUUGGUCAAUCUCGGUUACCUGCUCG